AUGGACUGGUACGCGGCUUCUGACAUCAUGUACAUCCUGCAGCCAGGCGAGUUUAUGUUUUGUGUUUGUCAGCUAGAUUUGCAGUGGGACCGACGGCGCCGACGCGGCUCCAUGCGGCGGCUCCCCGUGCUUUCCAGAGGAGCGAUCCAGAGUCGAUUGUCGCCACUGAGUGUGACAGGGCAUGAAGCUUGGCCUCAGCGGCUACAGCGUCCGGUCGCAGUGCUUCUUCGAGCCAGCAGCUCGGACUCCAAGAAGACAGAGCAGACCCAGACCACGCAGACAGCGUCUCCGCAGCACCACUUCCGCGAUCUCUAUGAGGGGUCCGCCCGACAGAUGCACACACAGAUGGAAAGGCUGGCCAAGAUGACGCGGAAUGUGCAGCUCUCCUACCGUGUCAUGAUGGCCGGAGGCGGCGCUGUGGCCGUCGGCAUCGGCUACGUUGUCAUCAACUGGACAAUUCUUCGCUCACAUGUCUCCCAGGAGUCAGCAGAGGUGGUGUCCCAGACAAUGAGGGACGCGCAGGUACAGUUCACUGCUCGAGAAUUCUCGAAGGAGUUGCUCAACCAGUUGCUGCACGACGAAGAAAUCGCCACGACGGUAGCGUCCUGGACUUUGCGGCUUCUGGCCUCCAUACAAGAGGAAAUUGGAGCAUUGUUUGUUCGCAUCCUGCAGCAGGACCAGGUUGUGGACGAAGUUAACCGGCUAGCAGACAAGCUCGUGGCUUACCUCUGUGCAAGCCAGACGAUACAGACGCGAAGCAUCAGCUUUAGCGCCCGAGAAGCGUGGCCCGGGGGCCCCAUGGAUUUCGCAGAACCGCUGAUUCCUUUGGCCGAGACGCGCAGCGAGCAAGGAGCCAGUGGAGCUAGGAGAGUGGCGUGGGCGCAGGGCUUGGCAUUGACCAGCCUCCUUGUUUGCGUGGCCCGGCUUCCGGGGCUGGCCGCACCAGAGCUCGCAGGCGCCCCGCUGGUGCUGGCGAGCGGACCUGUGGGUCUCGGUGGCUACCUGGGCUCCCUGGGCACAUUCUUGAGGCAAUAUUAUGAUAGCCUGGAGCCUUACGUUUGGCUCAUCAACUACUGUGGCAUUGUCCUCUUUGUGCUGUUGUUUGUGAUGUCUUUCCUCAACCAUGCCAAGGAUUUCUCCGGAUUUGUGAAGAUGAUGGAAGCCUUUGGCUUGCCCUGCCCGGCAUUCAUGGCCCUCGGGGGCCUCUUCAGCCUCCUGGCGGGCUCCUUGUGCUACCUCACAGGAAUCCCGGUCUUGAUGGAGUGGGGUGCGGAGUUCUUGCUGAUGUUCCUGAUUGCUUCAACCUACUUCGGACACUACAAGCCCUGGAAACAGUCCAAAGACAUGAGCCACUUUAUCAUGAUUCUGAAGAACAUCGGUCUUUCCGGUCACUGUUUGCUCACGAUCGGGUUCGAGGUGCCUGAAAUCGGCAAAGAUGGGACCCCCCUUGGCCUGCACGGAGCACUUGGAUCUGUCGGAGUUUUCAUCGGCAAGAUCUACGUUUUUUUCCGGCCUUAUUCGUUUUUCUUCAAGUACACAGGCCUUGUCCUCUUCGUUGUGCCCUUCGUACUGUCAUUUCUGAAUCAUGCGAAGGACACCAAACAGUUUGUUGGAAUGAUCAUGGGCUUCGGUUUUGGCCGCACGACAGCGACUGCCCUUGCCGUCUUUACCCUGAUCCUCCUGUCGGUUUCAUCGAUCUUCUAUGUGAGCGGCAUCCCUGUGUUGAUGGAGCUUGGAGCAGAGGGCCUCUUCACGUUCCUCCUCUUUGCCACCUACUUCGGCCAUCUAAAGCCCUACCUGCAGUCAGGAGACAUGGGGCAUUUCCUCAACAUUCUAAAGAAUGUCUCCCUGGCUGGGGCCUGCCUAAUGACAAUGGGCGUCGUCAUUCCUCAGAUUGGGCAUACAUGA